AACACACCCGCCAUGUACGUUGCCAUUCAGGCUGUGCUGUCCCUGUACGCCUCUGGUCGUACCACCGGUAUCGUCAUGGACUCCGGUGAUGGUGUGACCCACACAGUGCCCAUCUACGAGGGUUACGCUCUGCCCCACGCCAUCCUUCGCCUGGACUUGGCUGGCCGUGACCUCACAGACUACCUCAUGAAGAUCCUGACAGAACGUGGCUACUCCUUCACCACCACAGCUGAGAGGGAAAUUGUGCGUGACAUCAAGGAGAAGCUGUGCUACGUCGCCCUCGACUUCGAGCAGGAGAUGGGCACCGCUGCCUCCUCCUCCUCCUUGGAGAAGAGCUACGAGCUGCCUGACGGACAGGUCAUCACCAUUGGCAAUGAGAGGUUCCGUUGCCCCGAGGCCCUCUUCCAGCCUUCCUUCCUUGGUAUGUUCAGU